GGUUCAGCUCGUCAGGUCAGACAAUGAUUAAAAGCAAAUGGGUGAUCUGAGAGUGAUGGCUCCUGACACUAUACAGGUUAGAGCUUUCUAUAUACGGAUUGUGCUCUUGCAUUGACAUUCUUGAUGUGAUUUCUCCACUCGAGUAGAGAGGCGCUGCCAUUACCUGGGGGCUGUUACAUAACUGAAGAAUUCAGCCACUGGGCUUUAGGGUUCAAGAAGAUCGACUGGAUUGGAUCAUCAAGCAGAAAAAUGGAAGAAAGUGACAGGGGCUCUUCCCACUGGCAGUUGGUUGAAAUCCAGCACAUCCCUUCAUGCAUCAAAUUGGUUCCCAUGAUUCCUUCAGUUUCUACAUCGAUGAGUCGUCUCCCGUGGGCCCAGAGCAGCCAGAGACGGUGCAGAACUUUGUUUCUGUUUUUGGCACGGUGGCAAAGAAGCUAAUGAGAAAGUGGUUAGCUACACAGACAAUGAACUUCAACAGCCAACUCGAGGCCGGGGUCCGCUUCUUUGACCUGCGCAUAUCCACCAAGCCCAGAGACCCCGACAACGAGCUGUACUUCGCCCACGGACUCUUCAGUGCCACGGUCAGAGAGGGUCUGGAGCAGAUUAGUAAUUUCCUGUCUGCUCAUGCCAGAGAGGUCGUGUUCCUGGACUUCAACCACUUCUACGGCGUGCAGAACCUUCACCAUGAAAAGCUGGUGGCCAUGCUGAAGGAGGUGUUCGGAGACAAACUCUGCCCGGUCGUCUUUGCACAGGAGGUGAGUUUGCAGUACCUGUGGGAGAAGGAGUAUCAGGUGCUGGUCUUCUACCACCACCCCAUGGCCCUGGAGGUGCCCUUCCUGUGGCCGGGCCAGAUGAUGCCCUCUCCUUGGGCCAACACUACCGACCCAGAGAAGCUGGUGCAGUUUCUCCAGGCGUCUGUCACUGAUCGCAGGAGGAAGGGGACCUUCUUUGUAUCCCAGGUUGUUCUGACACCAAAGGCAAGCACUGUGAUGAAGGGUGUGGCCAGCGGACUGAGAGAGACCAUCACAGAGAGGGCCUUACCAGGGAUGAUGCAGUGGAUCAGGUCACAGAGACCCGGGGAAAGUGGCAUCAACAUUAUCACAGCUGACUUUGUGGAGCUCGGAGAAUUCAUCAGCGCCGUCAUCACUCUCAACUAUCACCUGGAUGACGAUGAAGAUGAUGCCACCUGAGGGGGUGCAAAGGGGAGGGGGGCUCAGGGAGCACAGACACCACCAGUGGAUUGGUGUGCGCUCUCACUCUUUUCUCUUUGGCAUUUAUUUCAUGAAGGAAGCAGCACUGCUCCUCUCACUUUCGUUAGGGCUAUAGUGAAAUGAGAGAUCAAAUUGUGGAAGGUGGUUGAAGUAAGAGACGUUUGGAUUUGGAGAAACAAUGUGGAUGUUUGGUUGGAGCUCAAAGAAAUGAGGUUUUGUUUAUUUCCUAAUAUGGGGAUAUUUUUUUUCAAAGUGUGAUGUUUUUUAAAACAAACCCACUUUCUGCUAAAUGUACAUCAGUCUAAGUAUUCAAGUAAAUGUGACAGUUAUUUUCUAAUUAAGUCUGUGUAUUCCCGACCCGCUGGUGUAGUUAGAUAGCAUUUGUUUGUCCUGGGAAAUUUGUACAAGAUACGUUUUAAGUUCUAGAAAUAUGCAGCCCUGGUCAGAUCAUUGUAGGGUUGUUUUCUAGUAAAACUAGGCAGAUUGAAUGAAGAGUGUCAAAAAAGUGUUAAUCAAGACCUAGAUCAGAAAUGAAAAUAUUUCCAUCUGUUUUGUUGGAAGUAACUAUUGAUUGAUAGUUAAUAAAAGUCUCUAUCAAGUCAGCUUUAGACCAAGACAUUGAUCAGACACCUUUGUAUAUUGUUAAACUCCUGACUCUUUUACGGCAGAGAAAUACCCAUGAAAGUUCAGCUUGACUUACCAAGAAAGAGAAAACUAAAUCACGACAUGUGCACUUUAACUUUUGUGCAUUUAAACACAAAAAUGAUUUCCCCAUUGAUUUGAUUAAGACAGAUAAAAAUGCAAUCAGUGCCAACAGCCAUUUUUAAUAGUUUAGGCAAAGCGUGACAAAUUUACCAGAAUGUGUGGUGGGUGCAGAGUCGUGAUAGCUAAGUAUAGAAAUACAGUACAGCUGGGUGCAAGAGUCCAUCCACUGUCUGUGUCUCCUCUGCAGAACGCUUGCUCUCUGUGUGUGCAUCUAUAGUUACCGCUGUACGGUAGUAUAUGUGAGUCAUCAUCAGAUGUAUCAUGGUGUUGUCUUUCAUAAUAAGAGGUGAUAAAGUUGCUGAACAGUCAUUCAAAGACCUUUUUUUAUUUCAAACCAGAAGAGGAUAGGCAUCAUUAUCAUCAUUCUGAGUCAGGUUGUGUUGAUGUAACAGCCAUGCUUUGACACUUAGAAAAUAAUACAAGAUGCAGCUCUUUGGUGUCCACUUUAUUUUUAUGUUUCUGAGCUGUGUCAGUACUGGUGCAAUAUAUAUUAACUUUGUUUUCUGUUAAAUGUGUUUUUGUACACCCUGCAGUGUCUCAUUUAAGAUAAAUGACCCCCAUGUACAACAUAUUUCAUUGCUAGGUUUAAUGCAUAAAUAACAUGCAUCACACACCUUCUGAUCAGCCAGGACUUUUCUGCAGAGAAUGUAUUCUGUAGGGACAUUGUUCAAUAUUUUGGUCAUGUAAAACCAAAUUGGGAAACUUAACUCAUAAUCUAAUUUGUGAAUGUAUGUGUCUUGUGAGUAAAUGUGCCAUUUUUAAAGGUGUGUGAUCUUUUGAUCAGGUGAUUGGGCAUUAUUUUUGUAACGUAUGCUUAAAUGUAAUAAUGACUUCAUGUUUAAAGGUCAAACUGUACUUUCUUCACUUCAGUGUGGUUUAACGUUAAAAUGUUUUAUAUUGUGGAACGUUUGUACAUACUGUAAUUGCAAAUAGCAAAAUGCUGAUGACUUGUAAAUGAUUUAAAAUACUGAAAAUAGUCAUUAAUAACAUUUUCUUAUCUUAAACCUUGGUCAGGCUGUCAGACUGCCUCUUGUUUUUUGUGUUUUGUGCAUGAACUGAAAAAAUCUACAUAUAUUUUAUGUUGAAACCCAACUAGGUACUUAAGGUCUGUGCAUCUCUUCGUUUGUUUUUCUGUAGUUAAUCUGCAUACACUUCUUAAGAGCAUGGGUUCAUCUCAGCUGGAAAUGUUUUUACCCUUUAAGACAAAUCUUCAAAUUAUUUAUUUUUUAAAUGUUGCACUGCUCUUACCCUAUACAGAUAAAUACUGCACCCACACACAUGAACAGACUUCAAAAGACUUGCAAUAUGUGUUGUAAGGACUUAUGUGUCUUCCCUUGUCCAAACUGUUGUCACUGCUUUUAUGUUCUGGUGUAAAAAGAGUCCUUUGCUGUUGUAAAACUCAAAAACUUUUGUUGAAAUAGAAGUGACACCGUUCUUAGUGAAAAACUGCCAAUCAAAUAAAGCUUCUAAGCCUCA